AUGUCUGCCCCUUCGAUCACCAACUACAUCGUCAAGCGCCCAUGGCUCAAGCGCUGGAUGACCCCCCUCGCCCAGUGGUACACUGAUGCCGCCGGCUACAGACGCCUUGGACUGAAGUUCGAUGACCUGAUCCCCGAGGAGAGCGAAACCGUCCAGAAGGCUAUCAAGCGUUUGUCUUCCAAGGAGGCUUACGACCGUGUCUUCCGUAUCCGCCGUGCAUUCCAGUGCUCUAUUUCUCACACUCUCCUUCCCCCUAAUGAGCAGACCAAGCCUGAGGAGGAUGUUGAGUACCUGAGCCCCAUUAUCCGCGAGAUCGAGAAGGAGGCCAAGGAGCGUGCGGACCUCGACAACCUCGUCGUCCGCAAGUAA